GAAAGCAGUUGUUAAAUGCUGCUAAUAAAAUUAACUAAAUAAUUGCAUGAAAUAAUUCAAGAUUUGCGGUAUGAAAAACAAAAUUUGUAUUCAAUACUUGUUUAUACAAUAUAUGACGCUAGCGGUAACCGCCGAAAGUUACUAUUCAAUUAAUGCUCCCGGUGUUAUAAAACCAAAUCGUAAAUAUUCGGUUCUUGUUGCUCUUCACGAGGCCAGUGAGCCAUGUUCGAUACGUGUUAGCAUAGAGGGCCCGAGUUUUAACGAGUCCAAAGAUGUCCAUUUACAAUCAUAUGAAUCUAAGCUAGUCGAAUUUAUGCCGAAAAAAUUGAUGAGCGGAGAUUACAAAUUAAAAGCUGAAGGCUUAUUAGGUUUGAGUUUUAAAAAUGAAAGUAGUUUAGAAGAGCAUCCUCAUUAUGGUCCAAAAAUUUAUAUACAAACCGAUAAAGCGGUCUAUAAACCUCAGGAUGUAGUUAAAUUUCGUGUGCUGAUAUUGGAUCAACAUACCAGGCCAUUAGAUAUUGCAGAACCUGUUCAUGUGGAGAUAUUGGAUAGUGAUGGUAAUCGUGUCAAACAAUUUCAAAACGUCUCCCUUACCUUUGGUGUCUAUACCGGGAAGUUUCAAUUAUCCAAAUAUCCCGUUUUAGGAAAAUGGAAAAUCAAAGUUGUUCUAGGUGGAACUUAUGAUUAUUCCCAUCUAAAAUCCAUUACAAUAAAAAAUUAUGUUCUGCCAAAAUUCGGUGUGUACCUUAAAACUCCGUCGGAUUUUCUUUUGGAAGAUGAUACCAUUGCGGUUGUAAUCUUUGGCAAAUAUACAUUUGGUAAACAUGUAGAAGGUAAUGCCACAGUUGAAUUAUGGAAUAAUGACGACAAAGUACUCUUACAAACCAAACAUAUUGAUAUAGAAGAUAUAGGUUUCGUUGAGUUCAAUAUUAAGAAUGAAACUGCCAUUUCAAAAAUCUACAUUCUAAGCGUCAAGGCAAAUAUUAGCGAAAAACACACGGGUAGAACUGAAACAGAGAGUCAAGAUAUUAAUUUACAUAAGCAGCGUUACAAUUUGAAAAUUCCCUACGAUGAGAUUGAAUUUGAAAAUAACAAACCAUAUCGCCUGAAAGUUUAUGUAAAACAUUGGACUGGAGCUGCCGUUUUGGAUCGCAAUACGCCAGUUACUAUGGAGCAUGGCAAAAAAUUGUAUGAAUCAUUUUUGGAUGGCAGUGGUGUAGCAACAUUUGAAUUUGAACAUGAUAAAAAUGAUAAUCAUAAAUUUCAAUUUAAAAACUCUAAAAUAAUGCUUCCAAAUAUUUUCACAAGUGAAAACCUAAUGUUGAACAAUAGGGAAUACUAUUGUCAUUUGGAGUUGGUGGAUAAAAAACUUCAACUUGGAAAACCUGUUCUUAUUGAGGUCAGUUCAAUACUCGACAUACCUUAUUUGAUGUACACGGUAAUGGGUCAUGCUAGUCUUAUACACACGGAAUAUAUUAAAGUACCGCCCAACCAAAAGUCCCACAUCAUAAGCAUAACACCCUCAAUUGAGAUGAUACCAUUAUCCUACAUCUAUGUGUAUUACGUUCACAAAGGAAAUUUACGUUUUGAAGAAAUGUAUUUAAGUUUUCCAACGGAAUUCGAAAAUCAGAUCUCACUGUCUGCACCCAAACAAGCCAAGCCAGGCGAAGAAGUUACAAUUGCUAUAAAUGCUCAACCCAAUUCGUAUGUCGGUAUAUUGGCCGUUGAUUUGGGUGUAUAUUUAUUGGAUAAUACAUAUGAUUUAAAAAAGUAUAACAUACUGAAGGAAUUGACUGAUGAAAGAUCAUAUUCCCCCAUAUUAUCUCCAAUGUAUCCUGGUAUAAUAUCCGGCCUGUUGACUCUAACUAAUGCUCAUUAUCCAUUGACAAGUUUUAGUGGUGCUGCCGGUGCCGCAAAUGUUCUACCAAUUACGCAUCGUUUUCGUAAAAAAUUCCCGGAAACCUGGAUAUUUGAUAAUUUUGUAAUCAAUGAAACAAAUACCAAAUUGACUCUGCCAAUACCCGAUGUCAUAACCACUUGGCGUAUAACAGCAUUUACAAAUAAUGAUGUAACAGGAUUCGGUAUAGUAAAUGGACCCACAGAUAUCACCACCAUACAACCGUUCUUCAUAGCUCUAAAUCUGCCAUACUCAGUGAAACGUGGUGAAAUUGUCUCAAUACCCGUAACCAUAUUCAAUUAUCUUGAUCAGACUCUAGACACGGAAGUGAUUCUCUAUAAUAAUGAUGAGGAGUUUAAUUUUAUAGAAUCUACAAAACAGGGUUUGCAAAAAUCAACUGAUGACCAGCAGCAAAUGCAACUCCUUACUAUACAAGCGGACAAGGCCAAAACAGUAAACUUUCUUAUAUACCCCUUACAAUCGGGUGAAAUAAGUCUUAGUGUGGCAGCCUCAAGUCCCUUGUAUUCAGAUGCUGUUUUGCACAAACUUAAAGUUGAACCAGAAGGUGUGGCCGAACAAAAUAAUCAGGCUUUAUAUUUAAGUAUUCCGGCAGGAGAGAAAAUAUCUUCAUCAUUUAGCAUCGAAGAGCCAGUAGAUAGUGUGCCAGAUUCAGAUUAUAUUACCUUUUCUGUGGGUGGUCAUUAUUUAGUGCCCACAGUGGAGAAUUUUCACGAUCUCAUACAAAUGCCCACUGGUUGUGGUGAACAAAAUAUGGUGAAUUUUGCUCCCAGCGUCUUAAUUUUGCAAUAUCUUAAAGCCAAUGACAAGCUAGACAAAGAGAAGGGUUUGGUGGACAGUCUACGUUCAGCAAUGGAAAUUGCUUUUCAACAGCAACUAGCAUUUCGUCAUGAAAAUGGUGGUUAUAGCGUUUUCGGCAUGGGAACCGAUGAGGAGCCCAGUACUUGGCUGACCGCCUAUGUGGUGCGUUACUUUAUUAAAGCUUCGCAAUUCUUGGACAUUGAGGAGAAAAUAAUAGAGUCUGCUUUGGAGUAUUUGGCCGGUCAGCAAAAAUCAAAUGGGGAGUUUCUUUAUACGGGAUAUUUAUUGAAACCGAAGCAUAAAAAUCAAUAUGCUCUUACAGCUUUUAUAUUGUUGGCAUUUUUGGAGAAUGAAAAAUAUGCCUCCCAAUAUCGAACAGUCAUACAAAAUGGAGUAGAGUUUUUAAAUUCGAACGUAAAUAGUACUAAGGAUAUUUACUCAUUAUCCUUGAUAGCAACUGCUAUAAAAAAUGCCAAGCAUCCAAAUGCCAAUACUUUCAUUAAGCAAUUAAAAUCACAGAGUAAAGAAGAAAACGGCCUCAAGUGGUGGUCGGAAGAUGACCAAAAUCGGGCCAACGAUAUAGAAAUUACAUCAAACGCUGCAAUAACUUUGCUGGAUACCCCGGGAGAUCACACCUCUAUCCUCAAGUGGCUCAUAAAGCAACGUAAUGUUAAUGGCGGUUUUACAUCCUCCCACGACACAGUGGUGGGCAUGGAGGCUUUAGUGAAGUUUUCGAAAAUAUAUAGAAAUCGAAAAUAUAUUAAAAUUUCCUAUAUUGCCAAAGAUCAGGAAAAUAAUGAAUUGGCAAAAGAUGAAUUUUAUGUGAACUCGAACAAUAUUUUGGAUUUGCAAAAACAUGAGUUACCAAUAGCCACACGCCAUGUAACUUUCGAAAUGGAGGGCACUGGAGCCUCUUUGGUGCAGCUCAACCAUCAAUACAACAUAGUUAAUAUGAACAAAUUUCAGUAUUUCAAUAUACAAGCCAAAACAAUGUUUAACAAUUCUGAAGAAAUGAAUUUGGAAGUUUGUUUCACUUACCAAACGGAUACAGAUACACUCAAUGAAACCACCAAUAUGGUGAUAAUGGAAGCAAAUUUACCCUCCGGUUUCAAAUUCGAAGAAGAAAAUAGUUUGGCCUUAAAACAAAACAAACUUGUGCACAGAGUAGAGUUAAAAAAUUCAGAAUCUACAAUAAUUUUAUAUUUGGAUAAAUUGGAGGCAAAUAUUAAACAUUGUCUAGACAUUCCAGCAGAUGAAAUUAAUGAAAUUUUAAUGCCAAAACCGGCUGCCAUAAAAAUGUACGAUUAUUAUAACUUAAGUCGUUCGAAUACAGAAUUUUAUAGUUUGUAA